AUCACUGUGUCUUCAUAUCCAAGUUCUCAACAAGGUUGAAAAUGGCAGCAACAUCAGCUGUCAAUAUAUCUCCACCAGCUCAUCCAGGACCAAUUGCAGGGAGCCUACACACAAACAGCCGUGGACCAACCUAUGAGCAGCAAGCUCCAGGAUUGCACAGCAUCAGCCAAGACCCAGGAGCAUCAUUCCAUCCCCAACCCCCCGUUUUUGUCCGGCCUUUCUUCUAUGUCCACGCUCCACCUCCACCCCAACCACCACCUCCACCCCCUUUCCUCCACUACCAGUGGCCCAUGCCCUUCCCCUAUAACCCCUUUGCGGCCUUCCCAGGCAUGGGCUAUGGUAUGGCCAUGCCCCCAUUCCCCCCUCAUCCCUAUAUGAAUGCUCCAGCCCAUUUUCUGCACCACCCCCACCCUCACGUCCAACCUUUGGACAGACGUUUUAUCCAUUCCCCAGUCUACGCUCCUAGCGCACCCUACCAGAACCCAAACCGGACCCACAGAAGUCAUCUGAGUCAUACUGGCAAUGUUAGAGAAACCGUGAACUGUGAGGUCCAAACAGAACCCAUACAAAUAGGUCGUUAUGGAGAAAGAAGCCCACUCAUUGACUCAGAUUCUGGGCGUGCAACUGGCUCAAACUCUCCAUCUGCCGAGGUUAGGAACAAUACCUUGCCCAGCAGUGCUUCACUUACUUCAGCCAAUUCUCCAGAUAGUAUGGUUCCUGUUUGUAGCACUUUUCAACAGGAGGUUGUCAAAGAGAGACACGUCUCUGUUCCUGACAUCCUAAUGAGUUGGAGAAGUGGCACGCCGCAGGCAAAGAUUCUGAAAUUGGCGGACAACCUGCCUCGGAAUGACGACCAGCUGCCUUCUUACGAAACAGAAGGCCACCAGAAGUCUUUUUACCAGAGUCCGACUCGGACCAAAAAUGGUCCAGUGGUGGCUGACAGUGCAGACGAUGAUGCUGAGCGUAACCUAAGCUCUAAAAAUGGUGCAACCCUUUAUCAAAUCCUCAAACUGAGAAAAGCUCAUGGAGAGUGGAAGGCAGACUACAGAAGAGAAAAUGAACCGGUGGGAUUGAAUGGCUCUCGAAAGCAUAGUCUAAGCUACACAGAUAAACUGCUACAUUCACAUAAGAAAUCCCGACAGCUCCCUGACAAUGAGCAAGAAGAUGAGACAAAUCCACAGAGACCAGAAAGAGUGCCGGACCAGACAGAGAUCAUUCCCUAUCAAAUGUAUAGCUGUCAGACGGCGAGAAAAAUGAAUGAGUCUGUUUGGUCUGUGGAGUCUCUGCCCCCCUUUGUCGCCACCAAGGAAUGGCUAUUGCAGAACGGCAUGUUGGAGCCUGAAGUAACUGACCCUGUUCUGAUGUCCAAAACACCACCUCAGAAUCACCACCAGCUGUCAUCUUACACAACUGAAGAAGACAAUGAGAGGUCUUUUUACCACAGUCCAACUCGGACCAAAAAUGGUCCAAUUGUUGAUGGCGCUUAUGAUAAACUUGAGGGUAGCUUAAGCUCAGUGGACAUUUCAACCCUCUACACAGUCUUCAAACUAAGAGAUGACCAUGAAGAGCGAAAUGCAGAAUCACAAAGUGCUGUACCGUGUAGUCUACCCUACACGGAUGAACUGCUACACUCAAACGAAUCCCGAAAGCUCCCUGACAAUGAGCAAGAAGAUGGUGACAAGUCAAAUCCACAUGCAGACCCGGCAGAGAUCAUUCCUGAUCAAAUGUCUUGCAAUAGUUCUCAGAUGGAGAGAAAAAUGAAUGAGUCUGUUUGGUCUGUGGAGUCUUUGCCCCCCUUUAUCCCCUCUAAGGAGUGGCUGCGGCAGAACGGCAUGUUGGACCCUGAAGUGACUGAUUCUGUUCCGAUGUCCAAAACACUGCCUCAGAAUGACAACCAGCUGCUGUCUCAUUUGGCUGAAGAGCAUGAGAAGUCUUUUUACCAGUGUCCAACUCAGACUGAAAACGGUCCACUGGUUCUUGACGGUGCUAAUGAUAAUGCUAAGGGUAGCUUAAGCUCUAAAAACAGCCCGACCCUUUUCGAACUAAAGGAAGCUCAUGAAGUGCAAAAAUCAGAAUCCAGAAGAGAAAAUGAGCCGGUGGGAUUGGUUGACCCUGUAAGGCGUUUGCUACUCUACACAGAUGAGCUGCCACGUUCACAAAACGAAUCCCAAACAAUUCCUGACAAUGAGCAAGAAGAUGCUGACAAGACAAAUCCACAUGACACGACUCCCUAUCAAAUUAAAAAAACGAAUGGGUCUGUCUGUUCUGUGGACUCUUUGCCCCUCUCUAUCCCCAAUAAGGACUCUCUGCUACAGAACGCCAUGCUGGAGCUUGGAGUAACAGACUCGGUUCCAAUGUCCGAAACACCGCCUCAGAAUGACCACCAGUUGCCAUCUUAUGAAGCUGAAGAGCAUGUAAAGUCUACUUCCCAGAGUCCAACUCGGAACAAAAAUGAUCCAAUGAUGGCUGACGCCGCUUACACUAACAAUGCUAAUGCUGAGGUUAACUUAAGCUCCAUAGACAGUGCAACCCUUUUCAAGAUCUUCAAACUGAGAAAAGCUCACGAAGAGAGACUUGCAGAAUCCGUGAGAGCUGUAAGGUGUAGCAUACCCUACACAGAAGAACUAGUACUUUCCCAAACCAAAUCCCAAAAGCUCCCUGACAAUGAGCAAGAAGAUAGUGAGACAAAUCCUCAAGCAGACACCACAGAGAUCAUUCCCGAUCAAGUGUAUAGCAGUCAGACGGAGAGAGAAAUUGGGUCUGUGAAGUGUCUUGCCCCCUCUAUCCCCGCCAAGAAGUGCAGUGACAUGGAUGCCUCUAAAACGAGAAGACUAAAGCAAGGCCAGGGCGUGGUUCCUUUAGUAAAGGACCCCUUAACUUCCCCAACUCCCCUGCAGAGUAAAACUUUAUUUACCAUCUCUGAAGAAAACACAGACACAAAUAGGUGUCGGGUGAUUUGCCAAAACGGAGUGGACGUGGAGGACGAAGCUUGCAGGAACAAAGAAGUCCAAAACCAGCAACUGUGUGUCCAGACGGCUGCCCAGAAGAUGGCCGACGUGUCUCCAUCAAAGGCACAUUUAGUGGACUGUGGCGUCCAGUGUUCUGAACUACUGGAACACAACUGUGUAUGUGAGAUGAAGAGCAGCAUGGGACCGAGCAGAUGGCAUCAAAGUAAACAGUUUGAUAUGAAGAAAGCAAACCAUGAAGGAGUUGAAGGAGUUGGAGUUAGAAGGAAGAAAAGAAGAGGAGGCAUGAUCACUGGAGGAAUGUCGUCAGAUAUGCACAGCAGCCAACAGGAAGCCUACAAUGGAAAUUAUUGCAAACCUUGGAAAUCGCAAGAUAUGCACAGCAGCCAGCAGGAAGUCUCCAACGGAAACUUUUGCAGACCUUGGAAAUCCCAAGGUAGAUAUGGACGGAACCGACGCUGA